ACGCAUGCACAAAGUACUGUUGACAUCUCUAACGAAAUAAGCCUCUCGUAAAAGAAAAAACUUUGUUAUGUGUCCCAAUAUAAGGUAGUUGAAAGGUUUGCUUCUCUUCGUAAUCAUCUUUUAGAGGAGGAGAAACAACAUGUCGAGGGAAAAUCUACACGUAAGUAACAUGUUACACUUUGUUCAGGUAUAUUUUUUACUCUAAACCGAUUAUGGGUCUAUUGUACGUUUGCGUUCAUAGCCUGCUUUCCUAAAUCUGUUCAGCGCUUUCUGUCAGAUCUUUGACAAGCAGUGGAUAAUUUUGCCUGUUUUGUUGAGACAGUUGUAAGACCUUCUGUGAGAAUUUGUGAGAAAUGUUCGAAGGGAAUGUGUCGUAAAAUCACUUCGAACAUUUGAACUUUGAUGUGGCGUGGGGCGGAAUUCUAAUUUUGAGCAUAACUUUCUUUUGCAUGUUAUUCCUCACUGAAAUAGUGCCUUCUCUACUCUUGAGGAAUUAUCUGUGUCGUUGAAACUGUUUAUUCACUAGGGAAUGGCUACCACUGUCAGAAAUCCAUCUAAUUUAGCCAUCAUGAAUCGCAUACAGACGCUUCGAUAUGCAUGAGUUGCAUGUUUACAACCGUUGAAUCGACCUCUAACAGAUACAUGAAUGUCCGGAUUUUUCAAGUGUUUAUGACCCCGGGGUUUCUAGUUAUUCCAUCCGUGAAGCUCUUAUUGAUAUCAUUUUCGACGCUUAUUGCAUUUUUUUUACCUCUGUCGUGGCUUUAUGAUUAAAUAAAAAUUUUCAACGUUUUGUAUCAACGGUGCAUAAUUUUGCUAAUACCCAUGAAGAGGUGUGACUUAGCGUACCGAUAUAAUGGUUAAGCAAAAUUCUCUGGCGCUCAUUUUCAUCACGAAAUUUUUGCUUGAAAGUGAUUUUCAAUUACUGUAUCAGAUAUUGGGUGGGUUGUCAGUGAUCCAACAUCACCCACUAAAUUAAUUUAACUCAUUCCUACAUAUGAGCCAACAUCCAUAUUUUGCAGAUAUUAUGCAAGUAUCACGAAGGAAAUUACUUGAUACUGAAUAGAGAAGAACCAAUUUUUUGGACAUUUCUUAUAAACCCAAGAGUUAAAAUGCAAACUGUGCUCUUAAUUUAAAUUAAACUUUAAAGUAUCAAGAACAUUUUUAGUAAAACUUAUGCCAAGUCAAGAUGUAAGGGAAAAAAAAUUACUUUCAAAUUGAUGAUACAAGAACCUAUAUACCAUGAGUUCGGGGGGGAAUUGAUAAAUGAUAAUAAAUUAUCUUACUUUUUCAAACAGUUUUCUUAAGAAAAGGAAAGGUAAUACAUCAUUAUUCAAAUUUCUUUUUUCUAACAUUAUUCAGUUACAAUCAUGGUACUACACUACAGGCAUUGUUUGAGUAUUUAGUAGAACAAUCUGAUAAUUAGGUACCAUAAGUCUGUGUAGGGAAAUAUCAUAAUUUUUAAUGAAUUAAAUUUCAUUUGACUUGUGGAUGAAAAUUAAGUAAAGAAAUGUUCCUGAAAAAGAAAAUUUCAGGCUUCUUUUCUGUUAAUUCUUGAAUUGCAACUCAAACUUGUAUAGAUCACUGUUCCACUUGAUUAGGGAAAUGUAAUUAUCAUGUAAAUAUCUGAAAAGGGUUGAUUGAUUUACUUAAUUCUUCCUUCUUUCCUUGAAUUCAAACCUUUCCUUGAAGUCAAGGUGUUUACUAGUUCAUUUUACCAAAGAUACAGUUGGUAAAUGUUUUAGCCAGUAUCUUGAUGAACCAUGUAUUUUAACUAUUACUACUGUUUUACAAUUAUGAAGUUCUGCACACCUGGAAAUUUAUAGUCAAGAUGCACAAGAAUCUAGUUGUUUAAAACCCAGCUUUUGCUUUUCACUCUGACUUGUUUCCCUUUCUUAAACACCAACUUUUUUUUCCUUCAGAGAAGAGAGAAUGCCAAGGCUCGCACUUCUAUGCGAGAAAAGCUGGUAGAGAAACAGAAAGCAACAGAUGAACACGAGAGCAACUUUACAGCUGGUCGUGUUAAUGUGCGAGAGAGAUAUUUGCACCGCACUGGAAUAAGAGGGAGAAAGAGCUGGAUAUUCUAUGCUGUUUUGUACAUUCUAGCUCUCCUUGUAAUAGUCAAUAUUGUGGUGAGUGUUCAUAGGCUUGAAAACCAAAUGAUUGUCUUCUAUUGAUAUAAAAGGGAUGGAUAUGCCAGAGACAUAAAAAACUUAAAGAUUGGUAUCACCUAAGGGUUUUCUUACUUUAGGUGAACAUAUUAUUACUGAUGAGGAAAUCUAGUUGAAGGUCAGAGUACAAGGUUUUAACCUUUUAAACCCCCCCCCCCCACAAGAGUGACAAGCAUCUAAUUUCUCCUUACAAUAUCACCCUUGAAUCAAACAUUAAGGUCAUGAGAAGGAAGGACAUGAUCAUCAACUAGAGAAGUUCUUGAUUGUUAACCAAGUUCUCUUUUUCAGCACCUGAGGACAUGUCUGGAGAAUAGUAAGGAGAAUAUGCAUACUGAUGUUAGGGUGGCAAGGGUUAAUUAGAUAACUAAACUCUCUGAGGAUAAACAGGUUAAAGCCAAGGAGAGAGUGUCAUGACAUGAUCAACAAGUGGCAUGGAAAACAUACUGACUGUAAGGGAAGAGUUUAAUAAAGGGUUGGAUAGCACAGUGGCCUCAUGGUUAGUGCGCUCAACUCUGGAUUGAGUGAUCCAGGUUCGAGCCCUGGCCAGGGUCAUUGUGUUGUGUUCUUAGGCAAGACACUUUACUCUCACAGUGCUUCUCUUCACCCAGGUGUACAAAUGGGUACCAGCAAAUGUGCUGAGGGUAACCCUGCGAUGGACUAGCAUCCCAUCCAGGGGGGAGUAGCAAUACUCCUAGCUGCUUUAUGCUAAGAAAACCAGAGUUAAGCACUGGCCCCAUGGGCCACUUGGGCCCAUAUAAAGGCUUACUUUUGGAUAGAAAGCAUGAAUAUCUAUAUUACUGGAACACGAACAGUGGGAACUGUUAUUAGAGCUGUGAUUUUUCAUUCUUCUUAUUUCACAUAAUUUUAUUAUUCAUUCCUUUCACAGAUGCUUGCCAUUUUGUAUCAUGUCUUGCAAAUGAACAAAGAUGGGAUGAAGUGCCUGUCAUUUUUUGAGAACGAUGAUGUUCGAUUUCAUUGUGAGAGUGACAUGGACUCAGUCAGUUUGUAUAAGAAUCAAGCUGGAACUUUUAAAGACCACAACUUGGUUAUUGACAGUGAUGACAAAAAGGUAAUUUAUGUUAUAAGUAAACCACCAACUUUGGUACAAAGUUACCAAAAAUCUUAAAAUCAUAAGAUGGUCACCAAUGGGUAGAGUUUAGUCUCCAGAAAAAAAUGCAAAACAGGAAUAAACCAAGAUAAAACAACAUGGGAAAAGAUGACAUGAGGAAUCAUACUGCUUUUAGAAAUUUUGUCUUUGGAGCAUCAACACAAAGUGUGUAAAAUUUGUUUUAUACUCACCAUGGCAACUAAAAUGAUUGCAACUUGGGGGGGGGGGGCUGUCGUCAAAUGACUGUUUUAGUUCAUAGUUUUAGUUCAUAUUGAUACAAAUUAUUAUUAUUUUUUUUUUUUUUUGAUCUAGAUUAUAUUCCAUGGAGGGCCUACAACAGCAUCUGCACAGAGUAGGUGUAACUUAAAUUUGAUAUUACUAAAUCACAGAUAACCUCAUCCUUAUUAUGGAAUAUAUACCAGUUUUUUUUUGGAUCGUCAAAAAUUGAUCAGGAGACUGAUGAGAAUGGAAAAAUACAGAAAAAAUUUGAACGUACAACUGACAGAGUCUUAUUAAUGGUUUGCCUGUUGUUCAGUGCACGUAGGUGCAGAUAUGACUGAAAUCCAUGCUAAGCGUGGCUUCCGAUUUGUGGACCCUUAUGAAAAGAAGACCAUCCUGAACUUGAAUGGAAGUGUGUGGUAUGUUAAUCCAGCCUCCAUCAAUGCUUUCACGGUUGCUGGAGAUGCAUUGGUUACCCAUCGGGUAAGAGAGUGUACAACUUUACAAACUAAUUUGGAGAAACUAUUUCUUGAAUUAAUGAAACUACAGUUCAGUUACUAUUUUUGGGAAAAAUUUAUGGCUUCCCUGAGAAAGAGAAAUAAACAGGUUUUGCAACUCAAGUGCAGCAACCACUUUCUUAAUUUUUGAUGUUGGCAAUAGUCGAGUGAACAGUGUACUCUUGACAGGAGAUUUUUAGGUGCUUGUCUUUGGGAAUGUUGAUAUAUGCAGGUUUUUAGUUCUGUUGUUAUUUUUUCCAAUUAAAAGCAAAUUUUUCAAUUAUUUAUUUACCAACCUCAAAAGUUACCAUCUGGCCUACUUUCCAUGCUGGACACAUGCUGAUCCUAGUAAUAGUAGUUGAAUUUUUCUCAUUCAAACCUAGUAGCUUGUCAACAAGUUCCCCAGAUUUCAGUUGAGAUAGGAUUGUGUCACCAAACUGGAGCAGUAAGGGGCUCAAAUACAACUAGGGAUGCAGAUAUGUUUGCUCAUUCUCUUUUUAUAAGUAUACUGUCUAUGCUUUUUUGUCAGGUUGUCAGUAAUGAGGACCAGAAUUUGACUUUGACCUCUGAAAAGAGCAUUUCAGUGGAGGGACAUGAAGGGCUAGUUUUGGAUGGAAAAAUGACUAACUUCAAUGCUGAUGAGGAUAUCGAAAUUUCCUCCGUCUUGGUAAUAAUAUUGUCUUCACCAGAGGGUCGUUGAAUUGUGCUCUUUGGCAAGAGAGCAAGAUAGCCGUCAGAAGAAAAUGUUGGUUAUUAGGCUAGUAAAACAAACCUGAAACCAAUUUCUUUUUAUUUUCUCACUUUAAAGGGUUCACAAGGAAAGGCUACGAUUACGUUUGAUGCAAGCAGUGGGGUCUAUGUGAAUGGAAAUGCACUAGACAUGCCGACUGCAGCCCCAGGCAGUUCUUCAGGGAAAUACAAGUUAUGUGCAUGUAUAAACACGGGCAAGCUUUAUCGUGUGGAAGUUUUGAACUCGACUUUCUCGACUUGUUCUACAGUGGAGAUUGUUUGUGGAUAAUGACAACAGUUGUUGUCUUGAAAAGAACUUCUCUUACUCUCGUUUAUUGACUAAAUUACGGUUAAUUCUGUAGGAGGUAAAAAAAACUUGGUAAGAAUAUGUAGUUGGUUAAAGGAUGGUAUGAAUAGAGAGGGUAAAAUAUUGAUAUGAACUGCACAUGGCUCUCUAGUGGUGCUGCUUUUUAAACGGCUCGUUUCCGUGUUUGAGACGUUGGUUUCAGUACACUGAAUAAUAGAUAUUGAAACACGUUGAAAGAAAACGCGAACGGCAAACGACCAUCUACGAUCUGUAUGAUAGUUUUUUUCCUCCAACCUUAAAUAAUUCUCACAAAGAAGUAGAAAUUUUCUAAAUGUCCUCAUAUUUUUGCACCGACGCCCAAAAGGCAGGGAGAAAAAGCUUGUAAUUUCUAGUAGUUUGCCGUUUGCGUUAGGUUAUUUUAGAUAAUCUCUCUAAUGUUUUGUUACUGGUAAAUAUUUUAUACCUGGCUCGUAAAAUGCUGUUUUUCAGUAACGCUUGUAUUUUUCUAUGACGGAAUGAAAUUGGAGAAAUGUGCCAAGUCAUAGUCAGUUAAAGCAUGUAAAAUAGCUUAGCACCUAUUUAUUACCUGUACCCCCUUGGACGACGCUCUUGGCGGCUACAAAGUUAGUUUUGUCUGUGCUUUAAGUCAACCAGGAGCACAUUUGAUACGACUGGACCAGUAUUAUUCAUCGAAGGAUCCUGCCUCCCACUCAUUUGCAGUCGAUUGGCAGUUAGUUUUGUAUAUUCGCCCCCAAAUCCUCCACCGCUCCCUAGCAGAAAAAAUGUGGUAUUUAAGGUAACAUAGAUAGAUUUCUUAAAUGGGAAUAGGAGAAUGAAAAUAGUGGGAGGGGACUGUCGUUUUCCACCAUUUCUAUCUCUCUUCUUAUUUUUAGUAGUUUUAGGCUCACAAUUAUGAAAAUUUAGCCAAAACGUAGCUUUGUUCCUGUUCUGUAGUAGAGGGUUGUCCUGGGGUAUGGUCUCUCUUGACGAUGACUGUUUUGCUGCUGUGCUAAAGCAUACUAUUACAAUGUCAAUUAGAGUGCUUCAACUUUGGGAUAACUGACUACUAUACAGACAGUUUUUUACACGAGCAAGGCAUUUUUACAUCUUGUAAACAGAAGAAGAGCUUUUUAAAGUAUACUUUUCUAGUGUUGGCGACCGCGUAAGACCCUGGAGUUUUUUACUUUGAUAAAAACAAUAAAGCUGUGGAAGUACGAAGCAGUGUUAUGUCCUCUAUAAUUGUCCGUUCGGCUUCCGAUGACUCUUAACUUUCAAGGGAAGUGGAAAAAGGUUCAGCUAUCGGGAUUUCAAGUCAUCGGGA